GGGAGGCGAUGGCGGCUCCUGGGGAAGGGGCCCGGGAGGAGCUCGGGGUCGCCCCGGACCCCGAACCCGAACCCGCGGCCUCGUCCCCCUCGGGCGAUGGAGGGACGGCGGCGGAGGAGGAGGAGGAGGAGGCGGUGGCCGCCGAGGUGGCGGGAGAGGGCGAGGCGGGAGAGGCUGGAGGGGUUGGGGAGCUCAAGGCGGAGGCGCCGGACGGGGAGGUGAGGGGCGCGGAGGGGGAGGCGUUGGACGGGGAGGAUCCCAACCUGCAGCCAUCGGCGGCCAAAAAGGUGAAGCUGGAGCUGAAGGAGAGGAAGGAGAAGAAGCACAAAGUGGACGAGGAUGAGAUCCAGAAGAUGCAGAUCCUGGUCUCCUCCUUCUCAGAGGAGCAGCUGAACCGGUACGAGAUGUAUCGCCGCUCGGCCUUCCCCAAGGCUGCCAUCAAACGGCUGAUCCAGUCCAUCACUGGCACCUCAGUCUCUCAGAACGUGGUCAUUGCCAUGUCUGGCAUCUCCAAGGUCUUCGUUGGGGAGGUGGUGGAGGAAGCACUGGAUGUGUGUGAGAAGUGGGGGGAGCUGCCCCCCCUGCAGCCCAAGCACAUGCGUGAGGCAGUCAGGAGGCUGAAGUCACGAGGACAAAUCCCCAAUUCCAAGUACAAAAAGAUCAUUUUCCACUGAUGUGUCCCAAGAGAAGACAGAAGGCAGAGCAAGCUUCCUGUUGGGAUCCUCACGACACUUCCAGCAGAGCUUCCAGACUGGAGCUGCCUCAGGAGAUCUGGGGCUGCCCGGAGCACCCAGCAGGAGCCAAAUCCCUGACCUGGAGCCUCCAACAGAGCAGGGACAGGAAUUUGUUCUGCAGAGUGGAGAAAAAUCUUCUUCAAGUUCUUCAGAGUGUUCACCCACCAGGGUCACAGCUGUCGUGGUGUCCAUGUACAGAAUUAUUAUUUUUUUUUCUUGUAAUUAAACUUGUUAUUGUAUUUUCAGUCGUGCUGGGAACUGCUAAUUGUGUAAUGACCUUUAAGUGCUUCAAGAUCUGUCUCAACCAAGCCUGACAUGUUCCUGGAGCUUGGCCUUGCCUGGGGUGUGUCUUGUUCCAUGAGCAGCAGGAAGGGAACACACACAGAGCUGAUGCUUCUGAAGUCAUCCCUCAGCUCUUCCUCCCAAAGCCAGGUUUAUAGGAAACAACAAUAAGGUGAAGGAAAAUAAACCUUAAAAAGAUAAAACCAAACCAAACCAGGAGCCUGGAAGGAGGUUAACAACUUUUAAUUCCUUGUCAUGGUUCAUAGAACCAAUAAAUGCAGGAGUGGAAAUUCA